AUGCAUGCUCGCCCUGUCGUGGAGGAAAGGCAGCAGCUGGAGGAGAUGGAGGACGAGCUGGACUUAGAGGACAUUCUCCUAUUCAGAACAGCUGCUGCUCAGCGCGCUGCCCGCACAGAAUGGGGCAACCCCUCCGCGACAAAAGACUACACGGAAGAUGCUUCCGAGGAGAAAGACGGGCGAGGGGACAGGCGCAAGGGUAAAGCCGCCCAGCAGAAACAAAAGAAGCAGCAGCAGCGGAGGGGGAGGGGGUGGUUGAACUGGUUAUCCCAGGGCAUGCUGGGCGCAGGUGGCUCUGAUGCAUCUGCAGCAGCUGAUGUCAUGGCUGCUGUCAGCGAUCGUGACUUAGAGGAGCUCUAUCGCACACUGGACUCUCCCUUUGAUGCUGCUGAUGGGGAUAACGGGCUGGAUGAGCCUUCCUGGAUGUCCACGUCAGCAUCCACGUCAUCAUCGGCAUCUAUGGCCAUGGAUGCCACGUCAGCAGCACCCAGAGCCAUGAACAGGAGCCGCUCCUCCGUGCACACCCUUUCAUUCUCCGAAUCCUCCUCUUCACUCGACACGUCCAUUCCCGAGGACUCCACUGUGCCCCCCAGACGAGUGCUCCAUGAGGCGUCUCACAGAGCGGCUCAUAGCAGGGCACCGGUGUCGGUGUGUCGACUGGCGUUCACUGCACAGGUGGCAGACGGCCAUGCCUCCCUGCGCAGCUCCAAGCCCCAGACCAUCUCUCUCUUGUCUUCUCCCCUCCGAGUCGGGCCUGAAAUGCUUUCCCAUUACAACACGACUCCAUCUCCCCCUGUUCCUGCCGCUCCUUCCGCUUUCCACCCUCCUUCCAGCUACUCACGGCGGGACAUUCUGAGCCUCAGGCUGCGAGGGCUGCUCCUCAACUCGCGAGUGUGGACCACCUCCUCCUCCCUCUCCCUCACUCUCUCCUCUCUUGAAGCCUUCGACCUCUGGAGCACCUCAGGGGCCGCAAAGGGCACACUGGACGCCUCUGCCUCGUUUGCUGGACCAGGCACUAAGGGCAUGCGAGCGGGUGUAGGCAUGGCAGGGGGCAUGAGCAGUGGAGUAAAAUUUGGAGAUACUGGAGGAGAAGGGAGAAAAGUUUCUCCCUCCUCCUCUCAGGAGGAUGAGGCCAUCAGGAUUCUUUUUCCACAUCUCCCACACGCCUCUCUGCACGAUUUCCUCCCCACAUCCCACCCAUCCCACCCCUCCUUCCACUCCGCAGCCUCCUCCUUCGCCUCGCCCUCCACCGUCUCCUCUCCCUCCCCAGCCGGCCACGGCCAUCUGCUAAUGCGUUCUUCCAGUGCUGCCUGGGGCCUGGGCCGCCCAGCCCUGGGGGCGGGCCUGGGAGGACCUGUGGGGGGCGGGGGGAAGGGACAGAUGUUACCACGCACGAAUUCUCGCGUGGGGUUGGGGGUGGGGGUGGGGGCGGAUGGGAGACUGGGUAUGCUGCUGGGAGCAGGUGCUGGGAUUGGGUACCCGGGCUCGCAUGCCUAUCCCCAUGCCCAUGCGCCUCUGGCAGGGCAUGGCUAUAAGCAUGCGGUUGCCAUGGGUGGUGGGGGCGAGAGAGGGAUUGGAGGGGGUGAGGUGGGGGGGAGGGGCUAUGGGGGUGAGAGUGAGGUGCAUGGGUGGAGGCCUGUGGCGCAGAUGCAAGCUGUGGCGGCGAGACCAAUGCUGCGGGUAGAAAUCGAAGUGCACUCGCCCCAUACUCAUAGCCAUGGUCAUGAGCAUGGGCACGGGAAUGGUGGAGUGGGAGGUGAUGAGGUGGAAGGCAGUGCACCCAAAGAGAUGGAGACGACAAUCUCGGUGGCAGUGGAGCCAGUGCAGGCGGUGGUGGGCGUGGAGGUGCUAAAGCGGGUGGGAAUGUUCUUCAGCCAUCCCACGACCGUGCCAACACACCAGGAACAGGUGAUUGCGUCCAUCAACUCGUUGGACUCAACAACCGCUCGAGCCACGGCAAAGUCCGGCCUGGUGCUAGCCACGCGCAAGGUGCUGCAUCUGCAUGUGGACGUGGCAAGCCUCACAGUCGUUGUUCCACACUCUGACACGUACCUCUCUGCCUGCCCCUGUCCCCUGCUGGUAAGCCUGCCUGACUACCAUAGUGCCACAGGCAGAAAGAAUGCUUUGGCAAGUGCUUUCCAAAAUCAGCAUAAGCUACACCGAGUUAGUGUACUGUUUCUCAUCUGCCUGCAUCAAUUCCUUCUAGAGCCACACCUCCCCAUCCGUCUCCUCUGCUCCCCCCGUGUGGAAGUGCAGGUGCUGCAGCUGGCGUCACUGCACAUCUCGUCCAUCCCUGAGCCCCCUGAGCGUUCCCUCCUUGCAAACGCCCUCGCCUCCUCAGGCAACCUGCGGUCAGCACUCUCCGUCCUGGACGAGAAGGGCCUGAUGGGCGGGAGUGACGUUGGUUUUUCCAACCAAACUGGCCCGUCGGCUCCCCACAUGCUCGUCUCCCGCGUCCUUUCUGCCCCCUCACUCCCCGCCUGCCUCUCCUUCUCCUCGCUGCCCAUGCCUGCCAUACCAACUGCUGGCCAGGCAGGGGCUCCCAUGGGAGAGGCUGUGAGUGGUGGAGGACUGGGUGGUGGCCAAUCCUCAGUAGAAAGUCCCGCCAGCACUGCUCUCUGGCUGGGAGGAGAGAAUUUAGGCUUGACUGGCGUAUCUGCCGAAGCCACAUCAGGAGAAGCAGCGGCAGUAGACGGGGCAGGAGCAGGGGAGUGUGUGUUGCGCGUGGAGUUGUGUCUUAAAUCAAGGUCGCUGACUGCACCAUCUCGUGACUCCACUUCCCUCUCCUUCCACCUCUCCUCCCUCCACCUCACUGCCUUCCAACCCACCCUCCUCGCCCUACUCGCCUUCUCCUCCUCCCUCUCCACCCCCACUCCCCCUUCGCCCUUCUCCCCCCUGCCAGGCAGCGGAGGAAGCAAGAGACACCACUCCCAGGGCAGGGAGGGGGGGAGUGGACUCAUGGGAACGCACCCCUCUGCAGACCUCUCUCUCUUCGAGAGCCCCCCUAGCUCCUUCUCCUCCGCUGCCUCCUCGCCCUUCAAUUCUCCCCCGCCCACUACUGACGCCCUGCUGUUGCCAGCAGUGCUGGCUGCUGAUGCGCUGGGCAGGAGUGCGCAGAGGUCGAGAGGGCGGGUAGGAGUGGGACGGCAGGGUAUGGAGAGGCAGAGUGCACGGACUGUGUUUGAGAAGGUGUCUGGAGAUGAUGUUACUGACGCUGCUGCGGCUGCUGGGGGUGUUGCCUCACACCAUGGUGGCGCUGCCACUCAGCAAGGUUCUUUGCUGCAUCCCGCUCCCACCCGCAGCCCAUCCACUCACGUCGUCCUGCCUGCUCCUGACGACUCAGGUGCGGGCGGCACAGAACUGAUUCUGGACGGCAGAGUAACUGGACUGGUGGUGCGGCUGAUGGAGGAGGGGGACGAGGCAACACAAGGGGGACUGCAUGCAGGAGCAGAGGGAACUCAUGGGAUGACAGGAAGGAAGGAAGGGGAGGGGAAGGGCCAUGUGGUGGAGGUGGCAACUGCUUCGCUGGGUGAGGCCCUGGUGCAGGCAGAUGUGAAGCAUGUGAUGGGCCAGUCACUGCCUGCCACGUGGGCAUCCUGUGGGCGCAUCAGUGGGUUUGAGGUAUGGGGCCCUGUUGGUGAUGGGGGCCGCUAUGUUCCUCAUUUCCCUGCAGAUCCUUCCUCCACUACCCCACAAAGCACACUACAACUGCAGCAAGGGCAGCAGCAGCAGCAGCAGCAGCAGCAGAAGCAGGUGAUAGUGGGCAGUGUAUGGGUACCAGGAGCACAACCCGGUACCAUAACCUUUGCAGCCCAUGGUGCUCACACAGGGGCAUCAGGGGAGGGUGUAGCUGGGGCAGGCGCCACACUGCAUGUGGAUGUGGCUGUUUCUCGCCUGCUGCUCGUGGUCUCACAGCCAUUCACACACGGGCUUGUGACCCAUGUCACGCGCUACCUCCCUGCUCCCUCCGUGACUGCUCUCUCUACCCACGCUGCUGCUGGGGAAAGUGGGGAGGCUGCAUCAGUGUUGCCGCUUGCACAGGAUGGCCGAGAGAGGGGGCAGCAGGAGCAGCAGUCACAGCACGCAAGUUUCACAACUGCCACUAGCCCCUCACCCUCUCCCUAUAUCACACACCAUGCACACACCCCUCUCUUUAUGCCCGUCUCUUCCGAUUCCCCGUCUCCAUCCAGCCAACACACAGGAAAGCCCAGAGCAGCCCGCACUGCCAUUGCUUCCCCUGCCACCACGCGUCUCUCCCCCUCGCCCUUGCGAGGGGGGAUUGCUGUUCGGGGGGCUGGGGGAGUGAGGCAGCUGAGAAGCGGAGGGUCAGGGGCAUGGGCGGGUGGGGAGGGGCGGGCCAGCGGGAGCAGCCAAACCAGCCCUUUGGGGGUGAAAGGCAAAGGGAAGCGGGAGAGGGGGGAGGGGGCAAGCGUGGGGGGCCUGGGGAGUGUUGGGGGGGCGGGGAGUGGGUCGGGAGAGGGCGACAGCUGGUCAGGGGCGCAAUUCUUCAGCCCUGUGGGGGAUAGUCCGCUGAGAUGGGAAGUGGUGGAGGAGAGGGGUGAGGCGCAGGGCGGAGGGGAGGAGUGGGAGCAAGGCCAAGGGAGAAUGAUAGUGGAGGGGGCCGUAAGAGUAGAGGGGUGUGAGAUUGCUGUCAUUCCCUUAGGACAUCCUCAGAGCUUGCUCCAGCCUUCCACAGCCAGUCAGAUUCAGCCACGUGGAUCUAAUGGGAUCAAACCGGCAACAAUGUUGGGACAAUGGGUGGGCCAUCCGUGCCUGAUUAUUGAGCUGCCUCUCAUCACUGCCAACCUCCCACGCCACGUGGCAUGCUGGGAUUGGUCCUCAUCUGGCACAAUCACGUGGCUAGAUGGGAGAGAGCAGCAGGAAACUAGUGGUAUAAGCGGGGGAGGAGGCAACGAAGGGGGCGAGACAGGAAGAGAGAACACAGUGGUGGGAGUGGGGAACACUGGGAACAGUGUUGAUGAGGAAUGGGAGGCGGUGGAGGUGAGGGUGGAUGGAUUCAGAGUGAGCAUAGCCACUGGCAAGCUGCUGCCACUCCGUGAGGUGGUAUCUGGUGGAGGCGCAUGUGGUGCAGGGGAGGAGAACGAGGUGGUGGGAUGGGUGGGGGAGAGAGUGCCUGUGGUGCAGCGAGUGGACGUGCUGCUGCAUGUCGCACUGCCACAGGCUGCUGGGGGCAGCAGUCAGCCCCGUUCUGCACUGCAGGGUGCAGCACAAGGAGGAGCGGGUGUGGGGUCUGAGGCAGCAUCGGGGAUGGUGGUGUCAGGAGGGGAGAUAGCAGCCAUGGGGAGCCCGCAUGAGUGGUUGCGAGUUAUGGUUCAAGUGCCCACGGUGCAACUGCUCCUCAUGGUCUGCUCCGCCCAUUCCCCGUGUGUCAUCCAUUUGCCCUCUCUCCGAUUCCUUCCCCCUUCCCAACCAGAGCAUUCCCCUGUGAGGGAGGCGGACCUUCUAUCCGGCUCCAUCGCUGCGCUGCUCGCCCUCAUCCCACCCCAACCACCGCCCCAACAGCCCUCCCCACCCAUCGCCCUGCGCUUCCACCUGCACCACCUGCACCUGCACAUCACACGAGGCACCACAACCUCCCUCCCAUCCUCCUCUUCCUCCUCCGUUCAUAGCGCAUCCCCCUGCUUCCUUCUCCCUUCCGGACCUCUCUUCGCCCUCAUCUCCAUCGAUCAUCUGCGCUGCACUGCAGAGCUGCAACCAUCUGGCCAAUUUGUGAAGGCCACGUGGCAGAGUAUUGCCCUUUGGGGCUUACUAGCAGAGGCAGCAAGCACUUCUCAGCAGCAUAGCAGUGCUGCUGCAGCCUCAGCCAGCAGACAGGCAAUGCCACCACCUGCUUUUUCACAGGAAGAAAUGACAGCAGCCGCAGAAACAGCACAGGAAGCACCUGGAGAAGCAGUAGCAGGAGGGCUACCAGAGGAAAUUCCAGCAGCCGUGCUGGAGUUUCUACAAAUGGCUGUGCCUCUUUUUGUGAUGGAGCGUGAAAGGUUCAUUUCAGUGACUCGUGACCCCGCUCAUACCCACCUGUCUCCGUACCUCGCCUUCUCCCUCUCCUCCUCCUCAACCCCGGCCUCACCCCCUCGCGCUCCAGCCACUGCCGCGUCCCCCUCCCUUGCCUCCACUCCACCCCCCUCACAGGCCCCACAUCCCGCUAUACAGGCAACUGUUCAGCUCCCUUCCCCCACUCUCUGGGCCUUCCUCCCUGCCUGGACUCUCCUCGCUUCCCUGCUUGCUGCUAAGGCACCUAAAGGAGGCGACACAGGAGGUGCAGAGGCGGCAGGUGGUGAGCUUGCAAGAGGCAGCAAUGGAUCAGGCGUAAGGGAGGGGCAGGGGAUUGGAAGGAGAGGUGUGAUGGGAGGUGGGGGAGCAGAGGGGCUCACGGGGAUGAUGGGUGUGAGGCUGGGCGAGGCUGGUGGUAGUGGAGGGCAUGGUGAUAUGGAGGGGUUGCUGUGCGCGUCUCUUGGGGAAGGGGCGAGUGGGGGAGCAGAGGGGGAAGGAAUUGGCAUCUUGGUCGGUGAAAUCAUCGACACGGGCAGUGAUGGAGGCAAUACAGCAGCAGCUGUAGAAGCAGCAGCGCGUGUGCAUGUGAAGGUGAAUGCAGGUGUGAAGGUGGAUGGGCUCACUCUCAUACUUCCCAGUCAAAGCACCUCCCAUGGUGCAUUGCAGCACACAUCCCCUCCCUCUGCUCCUCACACCCACACACGGCAGGCAGCACAGGCGCAAAGGGGAGCAGGCACGGCACAUCAGUGCAGCCCAGGGGAACGGGGUAGCAACACGGAGGGGUGCAGUGCGGUGGUGGUGCAUGUGAGGACUGUGCACUCCCUCAUGCGAGCUUCUGUGCCUGCUGCCAGUAUUCGGCCCAGCAAAGCCAUGAUCUCUGCUAGUCUACACUCUGUGGACCUGUCAUGUGUGCACCACCUUGGCUUGAGCCAUUCUAGGGUGGGCUGUGGGGACGGUGAUGGAGGCAGUGGCGCUGCAGCUGCGGAGCUGUUCACGUCUGACCUGCUUCAUCUCCCUCCUGCGACGCUCAAUGCUGCUUCGCUACCUCCAAGCUCCAGCCCCUUUUCUCUCCGACUUAGCUGCUUCCUGCCACCUCCUACCGAUGCUCCCCCACCUGCCCCUGCCACUGCCUCUGCAUCUGCCUCCACCGCAUCCAACCCACCAUCUGUUCGCCUGCCGCCUCCUCCUCCCGCCUCAAUGCGCCUGCUGCAGCUGGCAGGGCUGCAGGUGCGGCUGGCAGCAGCUGCUGCUCCCUCGGGGAGUGUGGCAGGGGCGCGUGUAGAUGGGCCUGAUAAAAGUGCUGGCGGAGUGGAGGAGGAGGGGUGCGAGGGGUCAGGCAGAGUGAGGGAAGAGGGAGGUUCGGCAACAGGGAGAAAUGCAGAGGAGUCACGUGAAAACGACAGCAGUGCGCUUGCCAUGACUUGUCUGAAGGAUCUAGUGGAAAUGGAGAGAAGGGAGCAGGAGAAUGUGGGAGAAAACAGAGAGGGCAGUUUAGACACAGGGGAGCACAAUGAUGAGAGGCACACACUGGAGGCACCGCCAGCAGAAUCACCAGCAUCAGGUGCAGCAGCCUCUGGUAGCUUGGACGCGUCUCCCUUCACCCCACAUGCUACAUUGGCAUUCGCCACUCAUGUAUCACUGGGCCGAGUGCACGCACGCUGCUCGCCUGAGAUUCUGCACUUCCUCGCAAGAUUUCAGAGCCUGGUGGCAGUGGUGGCGGAGAGUGAGGAGGAGAGCGAGCCUCUCUUCCACCUCUCUCUCAGCGCCACAGCAGGCCACGCCAUUGCAUGCCUGCCCAGUGGCCACCUGCACGCGUCUCUUGCUACCACCCUCGCCCUGCACUAUCUCAACCAGGACAAGCUCUCUGCCUCCCUGCACUCCCUCUCCUCCCUCACCAACCCUCAAUCUGCAUCCGCCUCCACUCUCCCCCCUCCCCUCCCCUCCUCCACCUCUUCCACCGCCAUCACCUCUCUGGCUCUCACCUCGUCACAUCCUCUCAAUCUCAACUUCACGCCAUCUCUCCUCGAGGUAACAUGCAUCACUCUGCCCUUCGAAGCCCACCGCUUCUCUAAUGCCCUCCUCUGCCUCCUUCUGCCUCCUUCUGCCUCGUAUGCCCUCCUCUGCCUCCUUCUGCCUCCUUCUGCCUCAUAUGCCCUCCUCUGCCCUACCCCUGGCCCACUCUCCUGA